ACCGAGGUACACUCCCGCCUGUCGUUCAACAGACGAGGUCUGGUCGGCAUGGCUUGUUUAGAAGAAAACAAGAACACAAGCCAGUUUUUCUUCACCCUAGGCCCAGCUCCGGAACUGACGGGAAAACACACACUAUUCGGUCGUGUAGCCGGGGAGACCUUGUUCAAUAUGCUUCGUCUUGGUGAAGGGGAGGUUGGUCCGGAUGAACGCCCUCGUCGCAUUCAUCGUAUUGUGAAUUCAACGAUCCUCCUGAACCCGUACGAUGACAUUGUGCCUCGACAAAUCCAACGCGCAAAACCGAAAACCACCGAUGAGAAAGAGGCAAAUCAAGUCACCGCUAAAGCAACCAAAAAUUUUUCUCUAUUGUCGUUUGGUGAGGAAGCUGAAGAAGAAGAACAAGUGGUCAAUGUUGUUUCCGAAAUCCACGUCUCAGCGCGGUCCCCGUCAGUUUGGAUUCAAAUGAAGGUUNUGGGAUCGAGUGAAACGGACGCAGAACGACGGCGGCGUCGUGAGCUGGCCAAAAAUGAUGAUGAUGAUGAUGAUCCGGAAACUGCGAAAGCCAAACGAAUAAAGAGCAAAUUGAAAGAUGGCCGACGUGUUUUGUGCUGUAUUGGAAACCAAUCUUCAGUGUUUGCAACUCUUACAACUGCUGCACUUACGGAUUUUCGAUUGUCCGAGACACUGUCGGCUAAAACGGAUUAA